CGGAAAAUGCGGAACUUCCGGUAACGGUAACGCGCGUGUUCCUGCUUCGGUUUGCCUUCGUAACCGGUUAUUUUCUACCUGCUAGUCAUGUCUACCCAGGACCUGCGUCUAAACCACACCAUUUACAUCAACAACCUGAAUGAAAAAAUAAAAAAAGAUGAACUGAAGAAGUCACUGUACGCUAUUUUCUCACAGUUUGGCCAGAUCUUGGAUAUUCUUGUUUCCCGGACGCUCAAAAUGAGGGGUCAGGCCUUUGUAAUCUUCAAAGAGGUCAACAGUGCCUCAAAUGCUCUGAGAUCCAUGCAGGGCUUUCCUUUUUAUGACAAACCCAUGCGCAUCCAGUAUGCCAAACAAGACUCGGACAUUAUUGCCAAGAUGAAGGGCACGUACGUGGAGCGGGAUCGCAAGAAGGAGAAGAAGAAGCCUAAACCUACCGAAUCAGGAGGAUCAAAGAAGGCUGGUGCUGCUAACAUGGCUGGAGUUCCUGCUGCUAUGUCUGGAAUGCCACCUAUGAAUCAGGCUCCUCGUAUGAUGCCAAUGCCAGGUCAGCCUCCCUACAUGCCACCUCCUGGUAUGAUGCCACCCCCAGGUAUGGGCCCUGGACAGAUGCCACCAGGUGCCAUGCCUCCAGGUCAGAUGAUGCCUGGACAAAUGCCAGGACAGAUGCCUCAGCAGAUCUCUGAGAACCCACCUAAUCACAUCCUGUUCCUCACCAACCUGCCAGAAGAGACCAACGAGCUCAUGCUGUCCAUGCUGUUUAAUCAGUUCCCAGGGUUCAAGGAGGUACGCCUGGUUCCUGGUCGUCACGACAUCGCCUUUGUGGAGUUCGAUAACGAAGUGCAGGCCGGUGCAGCCAGGGAAGCAUUACAGGGCUUCAAGAUCACACAGACCAACGCAAUGAAGAUCUCAUUUGCCAAGAAAUAACCAACCAACCUCGUACAUGAUGUAUCUAAUUCCACAGCAAGAUGUAUACAAGUGUGUUCUGCACUCUACACCUCUUUGAACAGUUAUCUAUGAGGGGAAGGCAGGACAUCAGGGAUCUGUGAUCAGGAGCUAAAUCUGGUAAUGUAUGAUGGACACUCAUUAGUUAUGAGUGUGUAUCGUGAAAAAAGAUGCCCAUGCUAUUUUUUCAAUGAUAUGGUCAGAGGUUUUUGUUUGGGUGUUUUUUUUUGUUUUUUGUUGUUUUUUUUUAAUCCCUUUUUAAAAUCCCUCCUGAAGAGGAUGAACCUGGAGAUUGUAAGUAGUUGUUUUUUUUAAUACUUUAGUGUUGAAAAGCAUUGCACCCAGGGUCUGGUCACCCAGACAUUGUACCUGGAGCUUUCCUGCUUAAAUAAAGGCAUCAUAAUUUAAAAAAAAAGUGAUUUUAUUUUUCAUUCCAAAUAAAUCAUGAAAUG